AUGAAGCUAGACAGAAAGAAGGACUUCAAAAAAAAGCUUGUGACGUGCUUUUCGCUGCUGCAAGUGUCGGACCCCAUCAAGGUGAUCGUCGACGAGACCUUCAUCCACUUGUGUAUUGUUCAUAAAAUUCCCAUCAAGGAAGAGCUAGCUAAAUUAAUAAACAGGCAACUGAUGGUUAUGACCACAAAAUGUAUCUCCACGUGCGCCAAAAAAACACAUAAUGAAGAAACAGCCUACGGAAUUCGGAAGAUAACUCAUUACAAGUGCAACCACAAUGGUGAUAAUGUGAAAAACUCUGUUGACCUUUUUUUAAAAAAGAUGAAUGCUGAAAGGAACUCGCCCUUUUCGCUGAAUAAUUUUUUCGAAAAUGAGGUUUCUGUGACGCAUAACUUUGAUAGUGUGUGCAAUGUGAAGGGGCGUUCAGGGGGGGUAGAAGCGUCCAAGGGGGACGAUGCACCAAAGGGGCAGGAAGCAAAGGGGGAGGAAGCACAUGGGGAAGAAGCAACCAAGGGUGAGGAAGCAAAAGGGGAAGAAGCAAAGGUGGAGGAGGCAACGAAUGAGGAGGAAGCGCAAACUGGUGGACAGACCGAGUGGACAGUCGAGCUUACAGAGUCCAUGAAGUGCAUAAUCGAUUUAGUAAAAAAUAACAACGAGAAGAAAUUUUUUGUGGCAACCAACAAUAACGAGUUAAGAUCUUACCUCAGAAAGGUGUUCAUCGUGCCAAUCAUCUACAUCAGCGAGGGCGGCGCCAUCAAAAUGGAAAGCCUCUCCUCGAAGAACACGAACAAGAAAGCAGUGGUCGAGCUACGCAAGAUGAAGAUGCCUAAGUGGGAACGCGAGCUCAGGAUGUCAGAGCAGAAAAGGGACAAGGAUAAAGUGAAAAAAAAUGGGAAGAAAAAAAAAAAAGCAAGGGGGAGAAAUGGAAGGUAG